AUGGAAUAUCCUUGGAGGCGAGAUCGUUCCUCUUCUUGCCCUGAAAUUAGCAGCUAUGAAAAUCAUCGAUCACGAGUAGGGCCGGGACUUCCAAUUUGGGACUUACAAUUGGCGGGCUUCCGACCCCGAUUGAUUGAUUUCGAAACUGAAUGCGAUUUCGAGCCUGUCAAUACCCCAGUCCAUCGCAACAUCGAUUCAAGAAGAAGCUCUUGGACUUGUUUUCCAGACGACUCACCAACCCGAGCAAGUUCUAUCAGCUCUUCAAUCCCAAGCAAUGAUGAGGAUGUUAAUGACGAUUCUGACGAUUUUCAUUACACCGGCAAUGAUGGCCAUGAAUCAUAUGAUAACGCGUUUGAACUACACCAUAACACUCAGCGUCACAUGAUCGAGCUUCGAUCAGGGCAGCAAUACCCAAGACCGGUUCAGAUUGGGCUUCGAGUCUUCACUGGAAAAAAAGGAGUAGAUACACCCUUCGGAACGAGAAUCAUCCGAAAUACACCAAAACCAACAGCAACCACUCAAAAGCCAUCGAUUCCAAUAGAAUCGAUAGCAACUUCAGUGGAAUUUACAUCUAAAUCCCUGGGGAAGGGGAGACCACCACAGCAGACCCAGGACAAGGACGAGAACCCAAAAGUCGACGAUACCCGGCGAGCAGCCAAAGUGACCAUCCAGAGACAGAAUUUUCUAGUGACUAUUCGCAAUUUUUUUCAAUGGAGCCGAGAUAACAAUUCAGUUGUACUAUUUAUUCUCCUAAGUUGGCUUACCAUGUUUAUUCUUGCACAAACAAAAAUACUACGAGUCGAUACCUGGGAGCUUUUAGGUACACAACAGGGGCAAAAAGAUCAACGGGUUUACCCCUCUGCAGGUUUGUGGAAGCAGAUUGUGAAUUCAAAUUUAAAAACGGACUUACAAUUGUAA